UCAAAAUCUUUUUCUUAAUCAUAAAGUUUCCAAAAUAAAAAAAAAAUCUGUGAGAGAUCAAUCGAUCGAAGCAUCAUGGGAGGAGGAAGAGUGAUGGCGACGGCGGCGAAGGUGGCUGGGAUAGGAGUCGCGAAAGGUGGAUUCAGGGGAGGACUCGGAGUCCCUUCCGCGGCGGCGAACGAUCAGUUCAUCGUGAGAAACGCCUCCGCGUCUAAUAAGCCCGUUUCGGCUUCGAUCUCGUCGGCUGUUCAUCCUUCGGGGGAAGAAGACUCCGCGGCGGCGGUGGUUAUGCGUAAACCAUCGGUUUGGGAAGACGAGUGGGAGUUCGCGGAAGUGAUGGAGACGAAGACGAUCCCUAGGGUUGUUUUCCACAAGCCUCCUUCUCUCCAGGAGGCUAAAGAUGCCACCCAUGAUCUCAAAGAUGCUCUCAACAUGGCGGCGUAUAUGGAAGGGUCAAAUGAAGUUGGUUCUGUUUCAAGAAUGUUUUCAAGUUUUCAACCUUGUGAGAACAAUAGAGCUGUUGUUGAAUCAGCUGUUCCACCGGUUGCUCUUCAGGCUUUUGCUUUUCUCAGUGAAAACACCGCCGCGCAGUCUGUUGUUGCUUCCAUUGCGUCUGACCCGAAGGUGUGGGAUGCGGUAAUGGAAAACAAGGAUCUCAUGAAAUUUCUCGAGACCAACACUGCUUCAACUAAGGAUGAAGCUGACAAUGACGACAAAUCUGAACUUUCAAGCGAGACUGAAAGUGAAGAAGAGAGUGAAGCAAAGCCAAAGCCAAUCCAGCUCAUGGAGAUUCUGCGAGACAUGAAGCUGAAAGCUGUUCAAAUGAUGGAGAAUGUGUCUUCCUACUUUGGGGGUUUGUUCAGGACAGAGUCUUUUACAGAGGGUGGACAAGAGAGGAAGAGGAUGUUGCUCAACGACCCUACUACGCUCUUUGGAUUAGCUGUUUGCGUUAUCUUCAUGGUAGUUCUGAAACGUGCUUAAGAAGUUCCCAGUUUGCUUUCGAACUUGCCGAUAUAGCUUUAAUAACAACUACUGUGAUCUCGUUCUGCUACUUUUAUUAUGGGUUUAGAGUUUUUUUUUUUCAUUUGUUUGGAAUGGUUUGGAACUUGGCUUUGAUAUAUUUUAAUAAAUAAAAAGUAUGCUUUGGUA